GAGGAAGUGGCGCUGGGCUGGCUGCGUGGGGACCCCGAGUUUUCAUGUCCUCAGCGGGUGUCGCUGGCGGCCCCGCGGCCCCCGGGGCAGAGUUAGCAGGGCAUCGAUAUGAGCUGGUCACCGUCCCUCCCAACCCAGACAUGUGGAGCCUGGGAAAUGAAAGAACGCCUGGGGACCGGGGGAUUUGGAAACGUCAUCCGGUGGCACAAUCAGGCGACAGGUGAACAGAUCGCCAUCAAGCAAUGCCGACAGGAGCUCAGCCCAAAGAACAGAGACCGCUGGUGCCUCGAAAUCCAGAUCAUGAGAAGGCUGAACCAUCCCAAUGUGGUGGCUGCCCGGGAUGUCCCAGAGGGGAUGCAGAACCUGGCACCCAAUGAUUUGCCACUGCUGGCCAUGGAGUACUGCCAAGGAGGAGAUCUCCGAAGAUACUUGAACCAGUUCGAGAACUGCUGUGGCCUGCGGGAAGGAGCUGUCCUUACCCUGCUGAGUGACAUCGCAUCGGCUCUUAGAUACCUUCACGAAAACAGAAUCAUCCAUCGAGACCUGAAGCCAGAAAACAUCGUUCUGCAGCAAGGAGAGAAAAGAUUAAUACACAAAAUUAUUGAUCUAGGAUAUGCCAAGGAGCUGGAUCAGGGCAGUCUGUGCACGUCAUUUGUGGGGACUCUGCAAUACCUGGCGCCAGAGCUUCUGGAGCAGCAGAAGUACACCGUGACCGUUGACUACUGGAGCUUCGGCACCCUGGCCUUCGAGUGCAUCACUGGCUUCCGGCCCUUCCUCCCUAACUGGCAGCCUGUGCAGUGGCACUCCAAAGUCCGGCAGAAGAGCGAAGUGGACAUCGUUGUUAGUGAAGACUUGAAUGGAGCAGUGAAGUUUUCAAGUUCGCUACCCUUCCCCAAUAAUCUUAACAGUGUCUUGGCUGAACGGCUGGAGAAGUGGCUGCAGCUGAUGCUUAUGUGGCACCCUCGGCAAAGGGGCACGGAUCCCCAGUAUGGCCCCAACGGCUGCUUCAGAGCCCUGGAUGACAUCUUGAACUUGAAGCUGGUUCAUGUCUUGAACAUGGUCACAGGCACCGUUCACACAUACCCCGUGACGGAGGAUGAGAGUCUGCAGAGCUUAAAAACCAGAAUCCAGGAAGACACGGGGAUCCUGGAGACAGACCAGGAGCUGCUGCAAGAGGCAGGGCUGGUGCUGCUCCCUGACAAGCCUGCUACUCAGUGCAUCUCAGACAGCAAGACAAACGAGGGCCUCACGUUGGACAUGGAUCUUGUUUUUCUCUUUGACAACAGUAAAAUCAACUAUGAGACUCAGAUCACCCCCCGACCCCAACCGGAAAGUGUCAGCUGUAUCCUUCAGGAGCCCAAGCGGAACCUCUCCUUCUUCCAGCUGAGGAAAGUGUGGGGCCAAGUCUGGCACAGCAUCCAGACGCUGAAGGAAGACUGUAACCGGCUGCAGCAGGGACAGCGAGCAGCCAUGAUGAGUCUCCUCCGGAAUAACAGCUGCCUCUCUAAGAUGAAGAACGCCAUGGCCUCCACGGCCCAGCAGCUCAAGGCCAAGCUGGACUUCUUCAAAACCAGCAUCCAGAUCGACCUGGAGAAGUAUAAAGAGCAGACCGAGUUUGGGAUCACCUCAGAUAAAUUGCUGCUGGCUUGGCGGGAGAUGGAGCAGGCUGUGGAGCAGUGUGGGCGGGAGAAUGACGUGAAGCAUCUAGUAGAGCGGAUGAUGGCACUGCAGACUGACAUUGUGGACCUGCAGAGGAGCCCGAUGGGUCGGAAGCAGGGGGGCACCCUGGAUGACCUAGAGGAACAAGCGAGGGAGCUCUACCGAAGACUCAGGGAGAAGCCAAGAGACCAAAGGACAGAAGGUGACAGCCAGGAGAUGGUACGGCUGCUGCUUCAGGCAAUCCAAAGCUUUGAGAAGAAAGUUCGGGUGAUUUAUACACAGCUCAGUAAGACCGUGGUUUGUAAGCAGAAGGCACUGGAGUUGCUGCCCAAGGUAGAAGAGGUAGUGAGCCUUAUGAACGAGGACGAGAGGACCGUGGUCCGGCUUCAGGAGAAGCGGCAGAAGGAACUCUGGAACCUCCUGAAGAUCGCCUGUAGCAAAGUCCGAGGUCCCGUGAGUGGAAGCCCAGACAGCAUGAAUGUGUCUCGACUCAGUCACCCUGGUCAGCUAAUGUCCCAGCCUUCCAGUGCCUGUGACAGCUUACCUGAAUCAGACAAGAAAAGUGAAGAACUGGUGGCCGAAGCCCACGCCCUCUGCUCCCGGCUAGAAAGUGCGCUGCAGGACACUGUGAAGGAGCAAGACAGAAGCUUCACGGUAACCGCCUGAGGGAGCCCGGCUUGUCCGUCCCUUCCUCUCUGCAGCAAAAGUGCAAACGCAGUUUGGCAUCAGCCUUGGCUCAGCAGAGACUCAUGGUUGGCCCUGCGGUUUUCAGGUUUUUGUAUUUAUUUCAUGCUUAGGACUGCCAGGUGCAUUCAUUAUCUUAAUCCCUUAUGACACGUAAUCCUAAGGAGGUGACAGCAGUACCAAAAGCCCCUUCUUUCUCUGUGGGACCAUUGCAGAACAUCUGUAUGUGCUGGGCACUGUGCUGGGCUCUGUGACAAAAGAGAAACCUGUGUGUGUCUCAAGGACUCAGUUUAGCCACAAGCAGUAUCAGUGUCAGAGAAACUGACCUGAAGGAAAUCUAGCCACGAUCCAGGCACUUUCAGACAGAGCUUAAACAGUUGUUGGUGUCUAAAUGGCCUUUUCCUGCUAAUGCAAGCAUCCACUAACUACUCUUGCAUCUAACUUUGGGGAGUCAGAAGAAACCCCAUUCAGUUGCCGUCCUCGCUAACCUGCUCACUGGUGAGCCUCCUAACUCCUGCUGCUUCUCACUUGUCUCCUGGUGCUGUUUCUUCCAUCUCACUACUUGCUUGCACUUUAGCCAGAGAAAAGGGCAGCCUUCUGGUUGGCAUGGAAACGGAUAACUGAGAUGAUUCCCACCUAUCUGCAGUGAGUAUGUAAAUGAGAGCUCUAUGCUACAGGCCGUACUAAAAUGACCAUCCACAUUCCACAGGCACAGAGUUCCAGGAACUUCAGCUAGUCCAAAGGAAAUCUGCUGCACAUUUGAAUCUGUAACUCACUUGGCUCAAGGGUGCCCUGUAGUAGCAGGACUGACGCUGAUAAGGCUUAAACGUACUUCUAGAUUGUGUUGCUUGCCUCCUGAAGAGGAACGAUGGCCCCGCCACUUGAGUAUUUAAUGUGCCUGUUGACUUUCAGACUCUAGACUGGAGCUGGUUACAGAUGGAGGAUGAAGAAAGGUGUAGCCUGGAGCAGGCCUGUGACUGAGGUGCCCAUGAGCUGGCCCGUGGCUCUGCAUGUGACGAUGUUCUGGUAUCUCCAGGUGGACAUCUCACUCUGCCAGCAGCUGUGAUACUUGCCCGCAGCAGCCUAGGCUGGCCCUGUCCACACACUGGAUUCUCGCCCACAGAAGCACAACAAUGCAGGUACAAGCACUUGCAGCAGCGACGCUUCAUGGCUGCUGUACAAAGAAAGCGACACAGAGAAAUGACAAGUGUCUAUCUUGAGUGUUUCCAGACAGCAGACAGCCUGUCUGCUUUGGACUCCUGGGGGAGGAAGCUCUGCCCUGCCCACCCCUCCUCUCCUUACAGCUGGACGUCAUCCGGAUCCAGCUCUCUUAGACAGUUAAUCCUAAGUUUGACUAUCCUAUAUCUCUCUUCCUCUUCACUUCUCCCCUGGUAAAUGUUUCAACCUUCUGUGCUGGUCGCUGUGGCAAACGACCUUUGACUAUGCUGUAGUGAUGGCGAUGCCAAACUCCCUGCUGUUUCUGGUCCUUUAAGCCACAAAGUGACUUACAAAGCCAGGCAGAACAGAAAUGCAGCUACAUAUCUUGAGUCCCAAAGAUUACCUAGAAUCAAUUGUCACAGAGAAAAAAGGAAGAUGAAGGUGUUAUGCCAACUACUACCCUACUGAACACUGCGACUCCUGGGUGCCUGUCAGGUGUGUGUGGAUAUUGCUGCCUCUUAAAUUAGCUAGCAAUAUUAUUAAAUUGGUUCAUUUUAUAAAUAGUUUCUAUUUUUUGUAACAUUACUCAGAUAUGUAUCCUGGGCUCAAAGGUGUAUUUCCAUAGUAUACCAUCACUAGUACUUCUGAGCUCAAAACUCAACAUCAUGGGAAAGUUUGUAAAAUUGAAUAGUGUGUCUAUGUCUAGAUCAUGAGCCAUUUUUAACAUCACACAAAACUUGUGUGUUUGUGUGCAUGUGUGUGUGUAAAAGCAAAAACCGGCUCAGGUUAUCAUAGGCAGGUAUAUUUAAUUAGAGAAUACGUAACGCUGGAGCAGAGAAAUGUCAGAGUGGCCACCGCAGAGGCAGUAUGAAGCAUCGACGGUCAAAUGAGUUCAGAGGUGCUGCACGCUUUGAUUGUUCCUGAGAGAUUGACACUGUGCACUGGUAAACUGUCUGAAAGCUCUGACAAUAAAGAUGCUGGCUUAAGCUCAGUGUAAAUUCA